CUUUGGGCGUGAGUCAUGCAGGUUUGCAGCCAGCCCCGAAGGGGGUGUACGCGAGCCGAGCACUAUAAAUACGGCGCUUCACGCGGCUCUCCACGCGGCGUCGCCAGGAGGAGCGCACGAGCGCCGGCGCCGCUGACCGAGGCAUUCUUGGGCCCCAGAAUCGGAGGAGGAGGAGGCAAGAUGAAGACUCUGCUGCUGUGUGUGGGGCUGCUGCUGAGCUGGGAGCGUGGGCAGGUCCUGGGAGACCAGCUGGUCUCUGACAAUGAGCUGCAGGAAAUGUCCACUCAAGGGAGUAAGUACAUCGAUAAGGAAAUUCAGAAUGCCGUCAAGGGCGUGCAGGAGAUCAAGACUCUGAUAGAGAAAACGAACGAAGAGCGCAAGACGCUGCUCAGUGUCUUAGAGGAAGCCAAGAAGAAUAAAGAGGAUGCCCUAAAUGAGACCCGGGACUCCGAGAUGAAGCUGAAGGCGUUCCCAGAAGUGUGCAACGAGACCAUGAUGGCCCUUUGGGAAGAGUGUAAGCCCUGCCUGAAGCAGACCUGCAUGAAGUUCUACGCCCGCGUCUGCAGAAGCGGCUCAGGCCUGGUUGGCCGCCAGCUUGAGGAGUUCCUGAACCAGAGCUCUCCCUUCUACUUCUGGAUCAACGGCGACCGCAUCGACUCCUUGCUGGAGAACGACCGGCAGCAGAGCCACGUCCUGGACGCCAUGCAGGACAGCUUCAACCAGGCCACGGGCAUCAUGGACAAGCUCUUCCAGGACCGAUUCUUCGCCCACGAGCCCCAGGACACUUUCUACCACUCCCCCUUCAGCUACCUCCUCAGGAGGCCCUCCCUCCGCCACUCCAAGUCUCGCCUUGUCCGCAACAUCAUGCCUCUCCCCCUGUACGGACCCCUGAACUUCCAGGACAUGUUCCAGCCCUUCUUUGAAAUGAUCCACCAGGCUCAGCAGGCCAUGGACGUCCACUUGCACAGCCCGGCCUAUCAGGCCCCUAACGUGGAGUUCAUCACAGGAGGCCACGAUGACCGCGCAGUGUGCAAGGAGAUCCGCCACAACUCCACGGGCUGCCUGAGGAUGAAGGACCAGUGUGCCAAGUGCCAGGAGAUCUUGUCUGUGGACUGCUCGGCCAACAACCCAUCUCAGAAUCAGCUGCGGCAGGAGCUGAACGAUUCCCUGCGGCUGGCUGAGGAGUUGACCAAGAGGUACAACGAGCUGCUUCAGUCCUAUCAGCGGAAGAUGCUCAACACCUCGUCCCUGCUGGACCAGCUCAACGAGCAGUUUAACUGGGUGUCCCAGCUGGCCAACCUCACCCAGGGCCCAGACCAGUACUAUCUCCGGGUCUCUACGGUGACUUCCCACACCUCCGAGUUGGAGGCCCCCUCCCGUGUCACCGAGGUGGUGGUGAAGCUCUUUGACUCCGACCCCAUCACUGUCACAAUCCCAGAAGAAGUCUCCAGGGACAACCCGAAAUUCAUGGAGACCGUGGCCGAGAAGGCGCUGCAGGAAUACCGCAAAAAGAAGCGAGUGGAGUGAGACGUGAACUUGCUCUUCCACCCACGGGGGCAUCCGCGUCCCGCUGCCACGGAGAUGAGCCGCAGCCCCCCAGAGAGAGCUCUGCAUGUCUCCAGGAGGCUGGGCCCCCCAUCCAACCCGGACCCCGACCCCAGCCAGUCUCUCCACCCUCGGGAUUCUGCCCCCUAGCGCCUGCGUUUGCGGCUCGUGCUCUCACUCGCUCCUGGGAGGAACAGCUCCCGCAUGCAACUAAUUCAAUAAAGCUGCCUGUCAUCCCAAA